UCUCCUUAAAGCGUCUAGAACCUACUAUAAGUCUAUAACCAACUUCUUCGUCCUUCUGUUUCUCAUUUCCCGCUUCAACGUGACCCUCCAAACGACGCCGUUUCCGAGCUCGACACCAGCGAAAAGGAGGAGGAGAAGAAGAUGUUGGGCACAGUGAAGGCGCGUUGGGUGUUCGCGAAGGUGGUGUUUUUCUCGGUGGUGGUUUCGCGGAGCAAACCGAGAGUUGAGUCGGAGAGAGAGAAGCCUUCUCUCUCUUCUUCUUCUUCUUCGCCGGCGAAGUCGUCAUCGGCGUCCGAAGAGCCCCUGGUCACUCUGGUAUCUAUGGCUUCUAGCGACGGAGGCCAAGAAGAGUUCUACACCGAAACGACGACUGAUGAGGGGUCGCGGAAUCUGGAGUAUGAUUUCUAUCGGAACUCGUGUGAGUCGUGUCCUCACCUCAGGCAGAGACCAUUGUGCGGUCGAAGAUGGCUUGGAUUUUAUUUACGGCCAGCAUAGGAACGUCUCGGCCCAGUUGCUGCGUCUCUUUUUCCAUGACUGCUGCUUCAUUGAGGGGUGUGAUGCAUCCGUUCUCUUGGAUGACAGCAAUGGGGAUAAAAACCAUUCUAUAGAGAACCAGGCUACACCAAAUAGGUCCUUGAAGGGAUUCGAUAAAAUUGAUCAGAUCAAGGUGGAGCUCGAAAAUGUUUGUCCAGCGGUGGUAUCUUGUGCCGAUGUACUUGCUCUUGCCGCCAGAGAUGGCAUUAUUCUGGUGUGUUAAUGAGUUUUUCUCUUCCUGCUCGUAGUUCCUUAGGAUUUCCCUUUUACAUCAGAAACUCAGUCUUCAUUCUGACUAGCAAGAUUGUCCGCACAUUGCUGCGGGGUUCAUUAUUAUGAGUGAAAUGAAGAAGUGUUGCUUGAGGUAGAAAAGAUGUUUGUAUAUUGUCAAUAUUGUUUAGUGUGAAAUAUUGUAUUUACAAAUGUUAGAUACAUUACAUGUCUACAAAGGUAAUAUUAACAGUGAGCGAAAGCAGGGCAGGAGAAAGAUGCCUGAAAAAGGGAACUCUCGUAGCUGGAUUGAUGAACACAGUUCCAGUGUUGGGGCUGCUCUGCAUAAUAUGAAGUGUCAGCAAUCCAUUCAAUAAAAUUUGAUUUGAUAA